ACCGUCAGCCCGGGGGACCAGGGAGGUUAUACCGGGAGGCUGUCGGUCGGAGGGAGCGUUAGUCAGUAUGACAGAUAUUGACGAUAACCACGAGCAGCUCCAGAGGGACGCCCACUUCCUGUGCUCGGAUCGGAGGAUGGAUACUGAGCUGGUUGACAGACUGGUGCUGCAGCUGAACAGGAUCCACCCCCAGAUACUCAGUGACAAGGAAGCCCACAAGUUCAGGAACCUGAGUGUUCCCACCAAGGUGAGGUUAGCUGAGCUGUUGGAUCACCUGCAUUGGAGAGGAGAUGAGGCGUGUCAUGAAUUCUACAGAGGACUCAACAUCCUCGCUGAGGACGUCUACGCCAGCCUUCCCACCAGAGUUACACAAAGAGAAGUGGACGAUCCAAAAUGGACGAACACCGUGAUUACUUACAUUAAGAAAAACAUUUUAUCUUCUGCAGGAUUGAUGUUCUACCUGAGCUGUUUCAGUUUUGCAGUUGGUUUUGCAAUACUCUACUAUUACGGAGAGGGUGAGACGUUGAGAAGCACCGGUCCGUUUCUUCGCGGCUCUGCGGCGGGAUUUAGCAAAGGUGCAAAGGAUGUCUUCAUUUCCUACGCCGAGGUUGGAAAGCAGAAAAAAUGA